AUGUUAAUUCUAUUGCUUAGGACCUUUAAAGACAUUUUUCCAUAUUUUUUCCCCCUCAAUAACGAGUGCGCGCAGUGCUCCUUCAGCGCUCGGCACUUUCCGAGCAUUGUUGAUGGCUGGUUGAGCAGCCACGUCAACGUCUCUGGCGCACAUUACCUUCACUUCUACCACUCGAACGACAACAGGAUGACAACGACACAACGAGGAGGCCACAGGACGACGACAUGGAACGAGUAUGACCCAACCACAACGACGUGGCACAGCGACAACCCAACCACAAGCGACAGGAUGAUGACGACAUGA